GUUUACAGCAACCAGAAAACUUAGGAAAAAGGUUUUUCAUUUGGUAGAAAUCAUUUAUCGUACUGAUAAGCAAUAAUAAAUUCUAAAAAGGUUUAAUCCACCAAUAAAUUAUCCCAAAACAUUUUAUUUAUAUUGGUAUUCGUUAUUCUUCAAAAUAACUUUAUACCUAUUUAAAAAGUUAGGUUUUUAACCUGACUGUUCGUGUGUGUGUUUUGAUUUUGGAAGUGAACGUGUUUACAUUGUUUCGUAGUGUCAUUUAAUAUCUUGUCAAUUUGUAAUUUCAUUCCAGAAGAAGAAAGUUAAUCUUCAAACCACCAAAAUGGAUCCAGCAUUACUUCGAGAGCGAGAGCUCUUUAAAAUGAGGGCAAUGUCUACCCCGACGGUAGAGAAGCGGAAGAAAGAGCCGGAUGUCUCGGCCAAAGAGGACGCAGUCAAGAAGAAGUCAAAGCCACCGUCCACGCCAGCUUCCACUGGUCCGAAGCUGGAUACUGUUAAUUACAAGUCGAUGACUGGCAGCUCCAACUACAAGUUCGGGGUGCUGGCGAAGAUCGUGAAGCACAUGCGGCUGCGUCACCAGGAGGGAGACGACCACCCCUUGUCGCUGGAGGAGAUCCUGGACGAAACCAACCAGCUGGACGUCAGCUCCAAAGUGAAGACGUGGCUGCUGACGGAGUCGCUGGUGAGCAACCCCAAGCUGGAGCUGACCCUGGACGCCAAGUACCUCUUCAAGCCGUCGUACAAGAUCAAGGACCGCAAGAACCUGCUGCGGCUGCUGAAGCAGCACGACCUCAAGGGGCUGGGGGGCAUCCUGCUGGAGGACAUCCAGGAGUCGCUGCCCCACUGCGAGAAGGCCCUGAAGCUUGUCCAGAACGAGAUUCUCUACGUGAACCGACCAAUGGACAAGAAAAAGAUAGUGUUCUACAAUGACAAGACCGCACUUCUGCCGGUCGACGAGGAGUUCCAGAAACUUUGGCGAUCCAUCGCUGUGGAGAGCAUUGACGAUCAGAAGAUUGACGAAUACCUGGAGAAGCAGGGUAUCCGUUCAAUGCAGGACCACGGGCCCAAGAAGGUAGCACCACACAAGCGCAAGAAGCCGAACCAGCGCAAGAAGCAUUUGAAGAAGCCUCGCGACAAUGAGCACUUGGCAGACGUCCUGGAAACGUACGAAGAGAACCAGUGACAUGCUGGCGGAAACAAUCAAUGACACAAGUUCUGCAAGAGAGCCACAAAGUCGCACCUUCACCACGUCUAGUUCAUAGUGACUGGGUUAAUUUUUUUGUAAUCCAGAAAACAAACUUGCUUGAGUCAAACUUUAAAUGCAAGGGAUUUUUUUCCCCCUUGCUCAUUGCAGAAGCAAGUUUAUUUGAUUGGGAAGCAUGUUGUAUACAUGACUGAUUGCGUUGUGCAGUAUUCAAAACAUUUUAUUAUUGAGGUUUUGCACUUCCUCAAGAAGUUGAUUAGAAAGUGCUUUAUUUCAGUGAAAAUUGUCCUCUGUGCAUGAGAUAACUUUGAAAUUUUGUUAUUUAAAUACAGCAGUUUUUUUUUUUUUUUUUUUUUUUUUUACUCAUUCUGGAAGUGUGUUUUUAAGAAUUUUAAUCUGACUAUGCAUAUGUAUGUGCACAUUACAUACAUACUUAUAAUUAUGUGUUUAUAUGCAUUUAUGCAUGUGUUAAUUUGCGUAUGCAUUUUGUUAAUUUGAUAAAAACAGCACAUUUAUGCUGAACUAUGUACAUAAAUUAAAGUUGUAAUAAACUGUCUUUAGUAUACA